CAACAAAGCACGCCUUUCGUAGUAGUGCUGAUAGAUGUAGUAGCACCGAGAUCUUCUACUUGACCGAGAUACUCUCCUCACUCGUCGUCCUUUGAUUCGUUUUGUAGUUGACCAGAACAUGAUGUGCGUAGUUCGUCGACAUAGGAAGAUUCGUACGAUUUGUAAUUUCGUUCUGGUCAGGUCCACCUCUUCGUCGAUUGCCUGGAAGUUCUCACUUCAUCUUUUCUCAUUCAUACGUGAAGUACAACUAAAAGUCGUAAACUGGUGCUAAGAUUUUCGUGCGACUCCACUUGACAAUAUAAUCGAUUGUAAAACUAAGUUAUAGCAUCCGAUAAAAAAUCUUUCGUGCAAGAAACACUGAAAGCCUAUUACCAUCAUCAUUCAACGUCGUCCAUCAGUGAUGUAAAAAAUGCUCAUUUACUUACAAACCAACAAAUCCAGGAGCAAAAGCAAGUUUUUUUCCGCUAGUCGUUACACGACUCACCUCUAGAACACCCUCGUUUAAAUCGCCUCGGAGCGGUUACGAAAAGCCUACUCUUUUCUACAGCUAGAAACAGGAAUUGUUAUUGUCCCAAGCUUGUUAUCAAGUGCAAAAAUGUCAUCUGGGCCUGGAAACUUGUAAUGCUUCGUUGGGAAUAGUGAAUGCUCUCGCUCUGUAAUGCACGGCCAAGCAUGAGAAAUGUCUGCGCUUCUUUGUGUUGCGUUUUUCGCAUGACACACUACGUUUUUGCAUGACAAGAAAAAUGGUCUCUUCUUGGACACGCAUCACAAACUUUUUGGUCAUGCCAGACAAGCAUGACAAACCUCAAUCGAUGGAGGGCGGGACCUGCACCGGCGACAGGCGCUAUCCAACCAACCAACCAAACCUCGCAAUCUUCCAGACCCAGACAUUUUUGCAUUUGAUAAAGCUCGUCCCGCAAGUUGCAAAAUGAAGCAAGCGAUCUUUGUGGCGGUUGGUGCGACACCCGAAGUCGCCGCGAUGAAGAACACCACCACCACCUCCCUGGAAUAUCGAAUGUGAAUAUGUCUCUGUGUCUGGAAGGGUGCAGACGCAGACCUUUGUCAUGCUGUUUUUCGGUUCGUUGCCCAGACGCGCUGGCAUGCAAGCUCUAGCAUUGCAGCUUGGACAUUCUAGAAGGUGAAGGUGUCUCAAAAAAUCAAAAUGCCUAAAAAUCCGCAUGAAAAUAAAUCCGCUUUAACUGGUAGCGAUAGGAAACAAAUGAGCAACUUUUGCUGGUUUGCGAUGCGAGAUUUUCCUGUGAUGCAGAAUGCGCAUCGUAAGCUUCGUUUGCAUCCCCCGAGACCCAGAAAUAGUUGCGAUGCAUAGGGAUUUGGAGUUUACCAACGCGUGGGCGGGCAGCGAGGUCGGUGGAACCUUUCUGGAGAACAAGGUCGUCACGGAACAAGGAGAGGCGCGUAUCAAAAUUGAAAGUGCCCUAGACCCCGAAUGUUGGAAGAUGAGUGUUUGUAUAAUGCAAAACUUUUCAGUUUUCUCCGGAAUCUUCUCGCAAGGAAGUAUCAGCGAGAACUGCAACACAAAUUGCACAUAGCAGAAUCAGUACCAUCUUAUGAGGUUUCGCAGGAGUGUUGCAAUAUGCUAAUAUGAGAACUUCCGAUACUAGAAUGAGUAUAUGUGAACUAGGCCGCUCUACUGCUGCAUAGGCCGCAUGGUAGUAAAUUCUUGUUGAACAAAGGCAAACUGAAUCGCAUGGGCUUCAUGCAAGACAAAAAAUUGCCGUGUGGGAACUGUGCAUUGCAAACACUUGUUUGCAUUUUUCUGGGCGGGGUACUUAUGAGCUUGAUAGCGUGUGUCGUCAAGAAAAAGGGCAAGUCGAAAUCCCUCGCCGCGGUCAUGAUGCAGGACAAGUCCUCGAUGUCGGACGACCGGUGGUGGGCUCAUGAUGGACCGACACCAGCUGAAAACAAUUGCUACUGCACCUACAAUCAGGCGCCCCAGAUGCUGGAUUGCGAUGGAUGCGAUGAGAACGGUUGUAUGAAUUACGAUAAAAAUUAUGGUUUGGGAGGACCGCAGAAGAUGGCGGGGUGGGUCGUGACCAAGGUCUUCGUGCAGCCCUACAAGAAUAAGGACGUGAAUCACGUUCCCAUCCCAUUAACCCACCUCCCCACGGCGCGCAUCCGCACCUGCAGCACUGCCCCACGCACGUCCUCUGCAUUGCCUCCCCACCUGCCCUGCACCACCUCACUGCAGCUGGAGCGGUGAGGCAUGGAGCCGCCGGCCGGUUUGUUUUUUAGGGUCUAGGGUUUGGGGCUCGGGGCCGCGGCGGUGCUUCUCCGCCGCCCGCUUUGCCGCUUUUCCCUGAACGCGCCUCCCCUUCUCUCCGUGCCUCGGCUCUUCCCCCCCCUUACUCGCCUUCGUUCUUCGUGGCCCUUUAGUGUGCCCCCACCGUGUUUCCCGUGUCAUGUUUCUUUACAAGAUUGCGCGCCCCGUGCGUUGUUGCACAUCCGGCCGCCUGUGUCUGCCGCCAGGUUUGUGGCGGGCGGCCACAUACAUAGGUAGGUACGUGGUUGAGCGCAGCUGCGGGCGAGAAGGUAUUACAGUGGGUGGUGGGGAUGCGGGGGUUGGCUUCCCCAUUUCCCCGCCACGGAGGAAGCACUUCCCCACCAUGGGGCAGUGGGGAGGUGGGGAAGCGGGGCAUGGGGAAGUGAUUCACCAAGAACAACGACGGCCGUUGCCACCUAUCCUUGCCACCUGAGAGCAACUACAGGUGCGAUGCCAUGUCGAUGGGGAACGACAACGUGCCUUUCAAAUUGGACGACCGUGGCUGCCCGGUUUUGAAAGCGCCAGUUCACCAGAAGCAGGAAUGCGAUAACAUCAUGAUGGCCGAGUUCCCCGGCCAAGCCGACCCGGGUCAGCAGGGUUUGUGCCGGAAUUACUUCGACACCGGCUCGACUUUUAUCACCGAGUUGUGCUCGUUGGACGCACACCAAAGACCAACGCCAUACAACAACGGCGCCAAAUACCCAUACAGCGAUAUGAGCGACCCGUGCCCGGAUGGCAGCAAGGUGGUUUCGCUAAGUAAGUAUCGCUAA